CAUAAUAUUUGAGAAUCAUGGCACCACCAGCUUCCGGGCGCAAGUCCAAGAAUGUUAGCAAGGGUAAAAAUGAUGCGAAAACUUUGAAAAGGAAAAGAGAUAUAGAAGAUCAUGAAAAGCUUCAGAAAUCAGUGGAUGAGCUUGAUGCGAAAGCAGAAAUCAAAAACUUCUCUGAACUUCCCCUGUCUGAACCUACAUCAUCUGGACUCGAAGCAUCUCAUUUCAAAACUUUGACGGACGUUCAAUCGAAAGCUGUUCCUCUUGCGCUCAAGGGAAAAGAUAUUCUGGGCGCUGCGAAAACUGGUAGUGGAAAGACUCUUGCAUUUUUAGUACCGGUAUUGGAGAACCUUUACAGACAGAAAUGGACAGAACUAGAUGGCCUCGGUGCUCUCAUUAUAUCUCCAACUCGUGAAUUGGCCAUACAAAUCUUCGAGGUUUUGCGAAAAAUCGGACGAUACCACACCUUCUCGGCAGGAUUGAUCAUUGGAGGUCGGAGUCUGCAAGAGGAGAGGGACCGUUUAGGGAGGAUGAAUAUACUUGUGUGUACACCUGGGCGCAUGCUACAACAUAUGGACCAAACGGCUGCAUUCGAUGUUGAUAAUCUACAAAUGUUGGUCCUAGAUGAGGCGGAUCGAAUCAUGGAUAUGGGAUUUCAAACAUCUGUUGACGCUAUACUGGAACAUUUACCGAAACAACGGCAGACGAUGCUAUUUAGUGCCACACAAACGAAGAAAGUCUCAGAUCUAGCAAGAUUGAGUUUGAAGGAACCCGAAUAUGUCGCAGUACAUGAAGCAGCAUCCUCAGCCACCCCCACUACAUUACAACAACAUUACUGCGUGGCUAAAAUAAUAGUAUUUAUGUCUUCAGGCAAGCAAGUGCGUUUUGUCUACGAAAGUCUAAGACAUUUACAACCUGGUAUUCCAUUGCUUCAUCUCCACGGUAGGCAAAAGCAAACCGCAAGGCUUGACAUAACUUCAAAGUUCUCUUCAUCGAAAAACUCAUGUAUAUUUGCGACAGAUGUUGUUGCAAGAGGUCUUGACUUUCCUGCCGUCGAUUGGGUGAUUCAAUUAGAUUGCCCCGAGGAUGCUGAUACCUAUAUUCACAGAGUUGGUCGAACUGCACGUUAUGGAAAAGUAGGCCGGGCAGUCAUCUUUCUGGAUCCAUCUGAGGAAGACGGCAUGCUGAAACGAUUGGAACAUAAGAAAGUGCCGAUACAAAAGAUUAAUAUUCGACCGAACAAGACGCAAGACAUCAAAAAUCAAUUACAGAAUAUGUGUUUCCAGGACCCUGAGUUGAAAUACCUAGGUCAGAAAGCAUUUGUCAGUUAUGCCAAAUCCAUCUUCUUACAAAAAGACAAGGAGAUUUUCAACAUCAAUCAGGUUGAUUUGGAGGGCUUUGCUUCGAGUAUGGGUCUUCCCGGUGCGCCAAAGAUUAAAUUUCAGAAAGGAAACGAUGCAAAGAAUGUCAAAAAUGCUCCAAGAGGUGCUAUUGAGUCUAGCGAUGACGACAGCGAAACCGAGAAGAAACCUAAAAAGAAAGAAGAAGUCCGAACGAAAUACGAUAGAAUGUUUGAGCGUCGUAACCAGGAUGUUUUGUCUGGUCAUUACUCCAAGAUGAUCGCAGAUGAUACCCCUGUGAAGGAUGUAGAUGGUACCGCGGACGCUGAUGAGGAUAAUGACUUCUUGUCAGUCAAGAGAGUAAUACCUGUGGGUAAUAACGAUAGUUCCGACGACGAUGAUGAUGAUGAUGUUGCUGCGACUGUGCCACUAGGAAAGGUUAUCGAGGGUAUUAGCAAGGAUCCUAUUGUGAUAGACUCGAAACGAAAAGAGAAACUUCUGAAAUCUAAGAAGAAGCUUCUUAAGCUCAAAGAUAGAGGAACCAAAUUGGUAUUCGAUGAAGAAGGUAAUCCUCAUCAAGUAUACGAAUUGGAAGAUGAAGAAGAUUUCCGCGCAAGAGGUCCAGCUGAGGAGCAACGAGCUAAGUUCUUGGAAGAAGAAGCCGAAAGAGUUCGUCAAGCAGAUCUUCUUGAUAAACAAACUGCAAAGGACAAGAAGCGAGAAAAGCGUGAGAAACGUAAAGCGAGAGAAGCCGCAUUGGAGGAUGACGAUGAGGCACCUGAAUUGGUUGGUGCUGGAGAUGAUGAAGAUCCUAUGGCUCUUCUUAGAUCUUUGCCUCUACCGGAAGACGAAGAGGAUGAAGAUAGUACGGCAAGACCUGCAAAGAGACCUAAGAAAUGGUUUGAGGAUGAUUCAGAUGAUGAGAGAAAGGUUGCUAAGAGAAAGAGUCGUGUUAUUGAAGCUGCCGAUGAACCUGAGACACUGGAAGAUUUGGAGGCUUUGGCUGCUGGUCUUCUUAACUAA